GUCGGUGGGCGAGUCGGUGGCGGCGGCGGUCGGUCGGUCGGUGCCGCGUGUGUCGGCCGAGUCAACCUGUGUGUGUCGGUGCGGCCGCUCGCUCGCGCCAGUCAUAUGGAGGAGGCUCUCCGCGUGUGACUCCUCGCCACACUUAAGCCCCAUAGAGAAGCCUCUUUACAAGGAGUUAGGGAAGCUGUGAGCGCGCGUGUGUGUGUAUGUGAGUGUGCGUAUGUGGUUCCGCUGCGGCGUAAAAGUGUUGAAUUCUAAAUGCGAUUCAAGAUGAAAACCCACAUAACAUGACCUAAUAACGCAUCCCGUUAAAGCCUUUUAUUUAUGAAAUAGUAAUAAGAGUGGAAAUUCCUCAUUUAGAUACGAUUAUAUAUUUUUUCCCCCAAGGUGACGCUUGGCAAGUCAUUGAGGAGGUAUUGUGAUCUGCGUAAGUGCGUAAGGAAACUUGUAGACGUCAGUGCGCGAGGUGGGCGGCCACGUGUCAUGAGCGUAGGGCCCGCCCUCAGGCCCUCACGCCCCCGCACGCCCACAGGCUGGCCCUGACCACCCCCAUAACGCCCACACGGGGGGCGCCUGCCUGGGGGGACCUAGUCUAGCCUCUAGGGUGAUCUAACAGGAAUAUGAGUUGUGCGCAAGUGAUGUACCAGCCGUACGCCCCGAGUCCCUAUGUGGUGGUGCCGGCGGACGCCACCACGCCCCUGGCGGCAGCGCCCCCACACGUCUCAGGUCCUGCCACUCCUGGGGGCGGCGACGGGGUGCUGCAUCUACCUUCAUCAGCCACCACCACGCCCCACACGCCGCCCCACGCCCACCACCUGCAGCCCCUGCCGCAGGCGCGGCAGAGCGGCGAGGGUGCGGUGGGUCCGGUGCAGGGGGCGGCGGACCCCAGUGGGGGCCAGUGCGGCCAGCCUCGGCCCCAGUAUAGGGCCCCCUCCAACGGGUCAGCCACGGCCGACCCCGACGCUCCUCCCCCAGAGAAGAAAUUCUGCAGUGAAACAGAGGUCUCUUCAGCACCACCACCACCACCACCACCUUCCCAGCACCAGCACACCAGUCCACACCUCCACCACCACCACCAGCAGCACCACCACCAUCACCACCAUCACCACCACCAUCCUCACCACCACCCGCCCCUCACUGAACCCCCUGGCUCCCCCUCUCAACACGCCAACGAGGUGAAGUACGUGUCAGCUAAUUGCAUGGUGGUCACGCACUACGCCGGGGACACGGCAGCGGUGGUCGACGAGCACUUCUCCAGAGCACUUUCUACCCCACUCUUCGAGAAGCCCCAUUCACCUGGCAAAGGUAAGCUCCCCCCUAUUCACCUGGCAAAGUUCUCGCGGUUAGACGAUCGCUUACUCUCCGGAUUCUCUGUCAAUGUCCGCGUCACUUCCAGUCCUUAA